CCUCAGCGUCCAGUAAGUCGCAGGUAAUUCACAGGUGAGUUUCGUGACAUCAUACAGGAAGUGGACAGAGUGAGGACUGUGAGGUUUGGAGUCUGCUUCUGUGACGUUGAGCGGUUGCUCGAAAACUACGUAAAUUAGUUUAUUCACGGGAAACAUCUGGCGUAUCAGAGAGAUGUGCUCGUUUGAUAAGGACAAAGGGCCAAGGAGGCUGAUGAAAAAGGGGAUAACUCUCAUCCUGGUCGGACAUAUUAACUUCAUCCUAGGAGCUAUUGUCCAUGGCAGUGUCCUCCGCCACAUUUCCAAACCCAGCCAGCAUAUCACCACUGAAUACACUGUAGCCAACAUCAUCUCAGUCACCUCUGGCCUGCUGAGCAUUACCACAGGGAUUAUUGCCAUCGUGGUGUCAAGGAACCUUCACGUGUUAAAACUGCAAAUAGGUCUGCUCAUUGUGUCAUUCCUGAAUGCCCUGCUCUCAGCAGCAUGCUGCACUGGCCUUCUCUUGGCCAUUAGUGUAACUGUUGCCCACAAUGGGCAGGGUUUGAUGAUGGGAUGCAAUAACACGCAGGUGCCCAUCGAUGCUCGGUCACCUGUUGGUGCCCAAUGCCCGUUUGAUACGACACGAAUUUAUGACACCACCCUAGCGCUGUGGGUCCCCUGUGCUGUGAUGGCAGCGGCUGAGGCCGGACUGUCUGUUUGGUGCUUCAUCGUUGGACUGGCUCUCAGAGGGCUGCCACCCUGUGGGAACAGCUACAUCAAAGAGCAGUUGGAGGAAGAGGCUGAGUGCUCUCUCCACAGCCAGCGACUGAUUGGACGGCGCUUGAACCCUGAUGCCUAACUGAAUAAGAACCAAGAGGGAAAGCACUCCAUGUAGACAAGCACAGCUAAAUCCCAGGAGGCAGCACUGCACCUGCAUUCACACUAGUAGAUUUUGUCCUGUGGUUGGAUAGGUGAGUGUCACUGUGGGACAGAAGUGGAGUCAGUUUUAGGAGACUGGUUCUUGCUUCAUGGCAUCACAUAGACACAUACUCUGAUUCACAGAAGUGUUACCAAAUGGCUCCAUUUGCUUUCAUUUAUCUGUGCCUGCUGAAAACUGAUCCAUGGGAAAUUAAUUUACAGUGAGACAAAAAGCUUAUACAUUUUGUAGGUGCAUUGCAAAGUGCAGAUCCUUUAGUGCAGAUAUUGGGAUUCAGUGUUCAAACCUACAUGUGUGUGGAAGCUACAGUAAGGUAUUAAUGAUCCUCACAGUCUUAUCAGUAUCCCUCCUUGGCUGUUUGGAUUCAGUAAUGCCAGAUAUGUCAUGCUAAGCAUGUUGUUUAGUAUGAAGAAACCUUUACUCAUGAAGGAAAUGCAUUUUUAUAUCUUGCAAAAAUAUGUAUAUUUUAGCUUAGUUUAGGAUAAUUUUACUUUGUAUAAACUAAUUUCAGCAAAAUCUAUUUUAUUAUUCUAAAUGUGUAGAAUACUUUUUAUCCCAAACACUCUAUUGCAUCUAAGAUGUAACCACCAGAAAACACAAAAUGUUUGAAAAGCUAUGUGAAAAGUUAAUGUGUUUAACAUGUUUACUUCUCAUGUUGUUUUUGUCUCUAGUAAGACAUAUGCAGUCAUAAAAUGACAAAACAAUAGAGAAAAUGAGGUUGUAAAUUGGAAAUGCGGACCCAGAGUUACAAUUGGCCUCAUCGCUGACAGUUCAGAAUGUUAAAAAAGCAGUAUAGUGGGGAUAUUAAGAAGCUGUCAUAGAACAGAUGCUCUGAAUCCCCUGAAUUCAAAAUAAACUGGACAGCAGCACAGCUGUGGAUGGACUAAGUGCCUCUGUGUAUGUACUGUAUACUGUUAGUGAAUGUCAAGUGGGGUCAUAUUAAGAGGUUAAACCCGAAUGUGGGCCAGCAGCCUCAGCUGGCACAGACCCCCCACAACCCAGUGACAGAGAGGAUCAGAUCAGAUCAGCCAUGAAACAGUUAAUCUAAAGCGGUGCUCAAUCGUGUGGAAGGGAAUCAUAGCAGGCAUUACUAAUCCUGAGGUUGUAAGGGAUAAAUAUUGACAUAGUGUUGACUGAUACAAUCACAACAAGUCUGUGUGGUCAUUUCAGUCAGUAGCACGUUAAUGUCACACUUAAGACUCAGAAGACUUUGAAAUCACAAAAUGAAUAUGGAGUAAGAGUGUAGGUGUGACUUAAGAUAUUUCAGUCAAGCUUCUUGUUGUGUCAAGACAAAUGAACAGAUCUCAAGCAAAGUUGUAUGAUAUGAUAUUUUAAUUAAGUUUCAGAAACUAUGUUUUUUUAUUAAUAUUUGAGUGCAUUGCCAUUUGACUCUUUGAGGACAUUGUUGUGGUAAUGGAUGUCCCAUAUCUAAGAUUUAUGUAGAAUGCAUUUGAUUUAUGAAUGAACCACAGUUCAUAUUUUUAUUUUAGUUAAAAGUGACUAAAAUAACAUUAGCAAAUCACUAAUUUGGCGAUGGGUGUCAUCAUUACUUAGAUUAUCACUGAUGAAAUGAGCUUGUGUUGUUUUCUUCAACUUGAUUCAAUUAAAAACAUUUAAUACAAACUUUAAACUAUGGUUGACUCCAUCUUCCUGCUCUGGCAUUAAAUGUAAUUGAUCUAGAGCAAAAUAAAAUGCAACAAUUAAUUUAUAUACUCAAUACCGUGCAUUAAUGAUCAGUGUAUUGGAGUACUAUCAAUAGGAGAUGUGCUGUAUUUGAAAAUUUGUAUGAUUUGUCUGAUUAAUUUUUUAAGACUUAAAAUGUACUAGUGGCUGGAUGUGAAGUGGCUAAAAACCUUUGGUGGUUGCAUUUUGUUUGUUUCAAAACAAGGUGAAUUAAAGUUUUUGAGUAAAAACAAGUUGAGUAGGACAGCCUGACAGGACAGGACCAGUGCCAUCUCUCAUUUUCCCACUGAUUCAGCCAAGCUGUAAACUCUAACGGCUGUUAAAGGCAUGUAUUUUGUAAGAUUGACUUACUGGCAAAUGGAUGUACUCUACAUUUCAUGAUUUUCUUUAUGUUUUCUUGCAGUAUAUACGUUUAAUGUAUAAUUUUAAUAAAGAUUUUUGAUCAUGUUA